AUGGCGGCGGAUUCCGCCGAAGGUUUGUCGAGCGAGUCAAUUCAACAACAAAUCAUGGCUUCUGAGCAAGUUUCUGCGGCCGAAGUUCUCCAAAACACAAUGUCGGCUAGUAUUCCAACAACAAUCCAAACUAUUCCUCGACAAGCUGGCGUAAUCACUACGAUCUCCGCAUCUGCUUUACCCGAGACGAUGACAACUUCAGAAACAAUGAUAGCGACCCAGAGCAUUUCUAUAGAUACUCAGGGAGCUUCAGCCACGUUAAGCGGACAAGAAAUGUCAGAGAGUAUACCUCAAGUCCAACAACACGAGUCAGUGGUGGUAAGCGUGACUGGCACUCAAGAUAGUGUGGUCAUUUCUUCUGAAAAUGUAGCGAUUUCUGCAAGUACCUCACUGGACGCUUCUCAGCAAAUAGCGAAUUUAUCGAGUGCCGUACAAGCGAAUAACCCCUGGGCUGCGCGGCUUCACGACUGUGAGCUCAUAGGGGAUUCCUACAGGGGAUAUGUUACCACUGAAGUAGAAUUGGACUUGAUCCUCACGCUACAUAAACAGCACACCAACAGUUGCUGGGGAACCAGACAAUCCCCUUCUUCAGCUAAACCAUCAAUUCGUCUUAUGUGGAAAUCCCAAUAUGUUCCUUAUGAUGGAAUACCAUUCCUGAAUACAGGUAUUUUGGGCUAGUUAUAGAUCCACCUUUGGUUUGGGGGUCAUUGAAAUAAUAUAAAAGAACCACACUACAGGAAGUGAACAUUGAUAACAAUUUAAUUUAGUUUUAUCAAUCAGUGCCAAGGACCGGAGCCAAAGAAUUUUGAUCAAAUUCAAUCAUCAAUGGAAUUUUUAGGAGGGUGACCCUUGUAACAUUAGCUGCAUCAUAGAGCCUUAUUUACUGCUCUGAUUGCCUCAGUCCUGAUGAUCUUCCAGUUUUUACAUUGGUUUAAUAAGAAAGAUGUAUUUGUUCUAACCAUGGUCUUAAAUGAAGAGGGUAACCCUAGCAGUUUGACAUGUAUCUGACAUUCAGUCUUCAAAUCAGCAUUUUUUCUCACCAGAUUGUAUUACAAAUUUUCUCUCCUGUUUGUUGUACGUUCCUUAUAGUUUAAGCUCCAAGAGUCUGGUUUUAAUUCAAGCAGAGUUUUCUCAAUGUUUUUUCUUCUUCCCAUCACCUUUCUCAUUGACAAGAUACAUAUUGUAGUAUUUGAAGAUCAAGGCAAAUAGGAUUGUAAAUUUUAAAACACUUAACUUUGUGUAAAUUAUAUUUAGUGAUUUCUCUCAGUAUCAGGUUUAUAAGAAGGUGCAGAGUUUUUAAGAAAGGUCUAAAAGCAAAAGUUAGAUCACACACACCCAAAAAAUAUCAGCUUGAAAAUGAACUAGAAUGAAAGAUCCUGGAAAGGGAAAAAUUAUCCACUUAAUUGAACUGUUAUUUUACUCCAGCAAUUAACACUUAGGUAUGAUACAUUUUUAAGGUCGCCGGGCAACAGUUAUGGAAUGUCAAUAUGGUCCAAGAAGAAAAGGUUCUGUAAACAAGAAACAAGUUGACUAUGAUGAACAUGGCCAUCCUGUCAAAAGACAUCGCCCAACUUGUCCUGCAAGGAUAUAUAUCAAAAAAGUGCGCAAAUUUCCAGAGUUUAGGAUAGAUCCAAAUCUGGAGGGAAAAAAUAUUCGUCAGGCUCAGGAAAGAGCACUUACAGCAUUACGGCUUGUAGGGGUUCAUGGAGGAGAAGAGAGGUAACUUAAACAGAGAUUAAAUUGUUAUUUCUGAUUAAAAAAAUAUUUUGUACUAAGGUCAGUAAGAGAGCAGAAUAUGGGAUGCUAGUCCAUCGCAGGGUUACCCCCCAGCACAUUUGCAAAUGAUGGACUAGUAUCCCAUCCAGGGGGGAGUAGCAAUACUCCUAGCCACUUCAUGCUAAGAAAACCGGAGUUAAGCACUGGCCCCAUGGGCCACUUGGGCCCGUAUAAAGGCUUUUUUUUUUUACCAGUAAGAAUUUGGAAAUUAGUGCUUCUUUCUAAGGAACAAUUAUAUUAUAUCAUAUUCUGCUCUCCUGGUCAGUGGAUUUUCGGGUUUUUUAAUGAAAGUCUAAUUCCUACUUUCCUAGGGAUGUUUGCAGCACAAAGAGAACCCACUUGUGAGGUCAUUGUCUGAUCCUGGUGUUAAUCUUUUAGGUACUAUGUGCAGCUCCCUCUUCCAUUAGCUCAUGAAUACCAUGAUGUGGAUGACAUUCCCAUGGACCCUGAUGAGGGUGACAGUCAAGGUCAACGUCUCAAUCCUGAGGUCAUGCAUAAGAUUCGUGAACUCGUGGCUCGAGGUGUCACUGGGAUUUACACUGUUAAGCACUGCUUAAAGGAGUAUGUGGAGAAAGAACUCUUUGUCAACUUAGAACCACCUCCCAGACAUAACAAGUCGUAUUUCCCUACCAUCAUUGAUAUCCAGAAUCAUAUUCACCAAGCACAGAUGGCACUAGCUACUGGAGCUCUUUUGCCACUUCCCCCAGUAAGUUGAGUUGGUUAGUUGCUUUCAAGUGCAUUCAAACUUUAGGUGCAAUUUUUCUUUGUGAAUUUUCUUUUCACUCUCAAGAUCUCUUAAGUAAUUCUCCUUACUGUCUGCAAUACUAUACUUAUGAUUUUAGCUCUGAGAAUUUGUUAUUAGAUCAAUUAAUAACCCCCUAAUCAAUAUUUUUCUUUCUUUUCAUCUUUUGUCUACCUGGUAUGUGAGUUAAGGGUUAAAUAAGAAUGUUAAUUUCCCACUCUCAACACGUGUUGCUUAAAAUAUCCUGAAAGAUUUAAAGUGUUGUUCCUUAGUCUUCUGGUACGUGUUGGCAGGAUCAUUUGCUUCAGUAAACAUACUUAUAUGUAAAAACUGUUAGAGAACUAUCUUGUAAAUAUAAUAAACGAAUUUUUGUCUUAUAUUUUAUAGCUUACAAAUCUCCCACCAAGCUCUCCACAACUCAAAGAGAAAACGCGUAAGCGAAAGCAUCCAACAGAAAAACUAUCACAAUCAUCUCAGACAGCUGAGGCUUUGGCUAGCAUGCAGCAACAGUACCAGUCAGCACGUCCAUCAAUGUUAAGUAAUCAAGAACAAGAACAGUUGAUUCAGCAGGUAGGUCAAGAACUUGCCUCAGACUAGUUUUGUUCCAUAGUAAACAAAAUAAUAAGCUACAUAACUGCAUAAAAUUAAAAAAAAAACAGUGUUACAAAUGACUUUACUGCCAAGAAAGAAAGAAGUUCAAAAUGACUGUAAUCAGUAGCUUUCCCAUCCAUAGUGGAGAAAAAAAGUUUCUAUAUUUGUAAUCUUUUUAGUCUGCCAGCAGGCUCUUAGAGUUUCUGCAGCAUUAGUAGUGGCUUUCGUAGCUCAGUUGGUAGUAGGGCCAACUAAUAUUGAGGAGGCGUGGGUUCAAAUCCCUUUGAAGUUUGAAUUUUUUUCAGGCUUUUCUACAAUUGCUUAAAUUGCAGCAUGCAUGAGGAUCAUUGCUUUUCUUGAUUUUCAGUCCAAAUGAAAUCUAUUUCUAUCAUGACAAAUUAUGAUCAUUGGUGGCAUUGUUAUGCUGCUUACCUGCCCAUCUUCUGUGGCUGAUGGCCACUCACUCAAAAUCACCCAUAAGAGCAUGCUUAACUGUAAUUGAUUUAUCUCAAAUAUUGAUGUCUUGGCUUUUUAGUCAGUACUGAAAUUGCUUUUGUAGUCUGGCAGGGAAAAUUUCCAAGGCAGUGAAACACAACAAUUAGAAAUUAUCCAGGGAAGUGAAGGAGAAACAGCAGAAGUAGAUAUUUCUUCUCAGCCACAGAUACUUAUCACUCAGGGCUCUGGGACUGGUAGAGAUGAAGGUAAGAGUACCCAUGUUAAUGAUUUAGGUUUGUGUGAAGACAGAUUGUUAUUUAAGCUAAAAGUAAUCCCCAGAACCACUAGUAAGCAGGGCUCCACACUGAGACCAGGUUAGUUACCAUGAGAUGAAGAAAAGAGAAUUUUGAGUCUAAAUUUGCAACCUGGUAAGUUCCCAACCUGGUGAACUAUAAACUUGCAAAACAUUUCUGUCUCAAUUUUUUUCUGUCUUUUUUUUUUUUUUUUUUUUUUCUUCCUCUUGGGACUAGAACUUUAUGUAUGCUGACUAUUUUAUGAUUUUAAGCUACCAAAACAAAUUUUAAAAAAAGUUGAACUUGAGCCUUGGUAUCAUUGAUUCUCUUUACAGUAAUUUUUGUUUAAAACAAGGAAACAAGUAAUUAAAUUGAGGAAAUUACCAACUGGGAGAUGUUGUCUUAAUAUAAAUCCAACCAACCAAGUAGCAUGUGGUCCUUAGACAGCUUUAAGGAUGAAAAGGAUUAUUAUGUAUUAUAAGUGUCUUCCUUUUGAAAAAGGGGUGUCUUUAUUGAUUUUCACAAUUUUUAUACCUUCUUUUUGCAAUGAUUUCCACACAGGUCAAGUUGUAAUAGUUGUGAAUGCCAGCAGUUUCUUCUCUGGUCAAUCAGAUUCUGAGACACCAACAACACUCUCUUUAACCAUACCAGCAUCACAGGUGGCAAGCUUGAGCCAUGCUUCACUACAUUCUGCAGCUGGUUCACAAGCAGUAGCAUUCAUUCCGCAAGCCAACACAACAGCCCAGACACAGGGGUCAGCAGCAACCCCCCAAACUGUUGCAUUCAUUCCACAAGCACUGGACAGCAGUCGUGGUGCUGUGGCUUUCUUAACAUCUCAACAAACGGACAGUAUCAACCAAGUGCCUGUGUCUGCAGCUUACCUUGCAACUCAUGGACAGUCAGGUAACAUUUUGAGCAUGCUCGACUCUGCACUGCAGGCAUCUGCAGGAGGUACUAGCCCUGUGAUUAGAGUUGGUUCAAACCUUGGAACAGUCCAGAUAGCAGACAGCAGUCAGGCACACGAUUCUGGUAAUUCUCUUUGGAAUCGAUUUUUUAUUUGUCCUAUGCUGGUAAAAAAUGUUAAGGUUGUUUCUUUUAUUUAAUCUUGUUUUGUCCUUCAGUCUAGUUACCCUCAAAACUUUGCAUGUGUCAAUAUCCAUAUAACUAUGCCAUGUGAAAAUAGGUACGAUAACUACACGCUGUCCGGGAGAUAGCUACAAAAUAAUAUUAUAUGAAUAAUAAGUCUGCCCACGCCCUUCCUUAUUUUUUUUUCCUGGGAAAAAUGGAAGACCGACUCCAUAGGCCACCAGCAGAAACUGAGCCUGUGUUACACAGAAUCGCGCAAAACUGGAGCAAUUUUCACAUGAAUAUAGAGGUUUGCAUUGGUUUUGCCUCUCUACGGUCUUUGAUUUGUCGAGAAAAUUCGCGCCACUCUUUUGGCCAAUGAUAUCCUAAACCAAAACCAAUCGAGAUUCGGUCACUCGUGUUUUCCCGCACUUCAAGCAGUUUGCUCAUUUUUACUUUGAGUUAUCGUCUGCUCUCUAUUUUCUCAUUAAAUCAAUCUCUUAAAGAUCCGAGCCAGGAUUCGACGCGUUCAUUUAAACUUGCUAGAGCUUUAUGUGAAAAUUUCACUUUUUUUUAGUUCCAGGGCAGGUGAUGACGGCCCAAGCAGCUGUUGAAGCUGUUCUCAGUGCAGCAACAUCCAGGGAAGACACAAAACAAGCUAAUUGUGAAGAAGAGAGCGUCGAGGGUGAACCGCAAACCAAGCGCCAGGCUCUUGGAAUGGACUUUACGUCACUGGUUAAGGAAGUCGUCUUUGAUGAUCAACAGGUACCACGUUUCGAAGGAGUUUUAUGCGCCAGAAACCAUCACGUACCCCUAUGCAAAAAGAGAGUUCUCUCUGUCUUUUCCCUCAUUAAUGUAAUUUCUAAUUGACCAUUUCAUGCAAUUGUAACAAAAACCUUAAAUUUCCUGUAGGCUGACGGACAAGCAGAGAGUGAAAGAACAAGUGAACAGUCACCAGUGGUUAACGCGCCAACGUCUACCACUGUACAGGCAGCUGGAAACACACAGCUUAACAGUCUAUCACAAACUGAUGUGAGUGAGAAUUUUCUUACCAUGGAAACACGACCAAUGGACAUGGUGACCGAAUCAGUUUUGCAGUCACUACCGGGUGGACAGGGAGUUGUGAGAGAUUAUAGUGAAAACAGUGACUCUUUACUUGGAAACCAAGAGGAGAAACUUGUCGCACAGAGUGCCCAGUCUUUCACAGCUCCCGUGCAAAUCACAGGGACGCCACAACAAACUAAUGCGCAGUUUGCUACCGAUAUUUGUGGAGUUUCUCAAACAGAGUCUGCCCCCUUAGAAACCGCGCAAGGUGUCUGUACUCCAAUGGAAGCAGCUUCUGACGAAGCUAAACAACUUACAGUUGAAGAUGACAACAGUUUGAUCACAACAGGCGAAGAACAUGGUAUUCAAGACUACAGCAUGCAAACUCCGUCCACAGAAUCCACCAGUAACAGUGAACAUAUGAACAUGCCACUUGUGUUUGAAAGUGACCAACAGUUGGCUGAGAACACAGCUGCUGUUGCUUCUCACUCGAGUGCUGUUCCCACCCUUAAUAACCCUGAAGUUUUUACUUAGUAAACUAAAAGGAAAAAAAACAUUUCGUGUUUCAUACGUGAACAUUCGUGAAAGUUUCGGUAUAUUAUCGUAAAUAUGACUUGUGUUGAACACAUUGUUGGACUGAAUUGAAAGAUUCCUACUCAGCCAUUUUGGCUUCACAGCUCUUAAAUUCAUUGUUGAACAUGUCGCCCAAGAUAAGAAAUUAAAACUGUAGCCGCAUCCAGGUUCCACUAGACUACUGCUGUGAUCAAGUGACAGUUCACGUCUGAGCUAUAAUAAUACGAAAUAUGUUUUAUGCCAAAUUGCGUAUAACGACAGAUGAUUUUUGGUGUUGUAGCCUGACGGAGUUAAACUAACUACCGAGAUCGUAGCUCUAAUCGUACCAAUAAUAAACAGGAGUCCGUUUUUAAUUAACCCUUGACACCC